AUGAAACCCGAUUUAUCGCCUGUCCUUUGGACAUUGAUAAGUCUCACAACUAUCGCAAAUUCACAGUCCUUACCAUAUAAUCCUACCACGAUACUUCUUCCAUCGAGCGCAAGCCAGAGGAACGACACUGCAUUCAUCUUUCUCGUUGCCUCCGAAUCAGACACUCGACCUGAGUUUUUAUCUCUGAACAUAUCUUCAACCUUAUUCGCUUCGAAUCUUACAUUAGAACCCUUCACACCUAAUCUUUCGUUUCUCGACAACAAUACUGCUUUUAUACCUACGAUUGGGACGGACGGCGAGAUUUCGUUGCUUACUGGUUCUUGUUCGGAAUCUGCCAGCACUGAAUUAUGGACUUAUACACCUGGAAACGAGGCGGUCGGGAAUGGGACAUGGGCGAAAGAGACAACUAUUGUGGCCAGCGAUGUCUCCUCUGCUGGUCGCGCCGGCGCGCAUUUUUUGUCGGGUGGAUUCCAAUUUUCUACAUUAGUCAAUGCAAAUGCUUCAUAUACGGAUAUCUAUAUCUAUGGUGGCAUGUGUCCCAGUUCCUCGGCGAAUACAUCGACAUGGCAAUCGGACGCCAACUAUACGAACCAUAUGAUGCGAAUAUCACCUGGAUCGACAGAUUCGUACAGUUUGGAUUUAACUACUAAUAGAGGAGCACCCGUUUCUGAGGCAGGAUUUACCAUUACUCCUUUGCUUCCCGCGUAUUCGAAUGCUUCGGGGAUUAUGACACAAACUCAGAAUUUUAUACUUCUCGGUGGACAUACACAAGGCGCAUUUAUAAACAUGAGCCAAGUCGCUAUUUGGAGUCUACCCGAGGAGAGCUGGAGUUUUGUCACUGUCAACCCACCAUCCUCAACAGAGAGUUCCAAUACAGAACUAAUAGUAAAACACUCAGUAACCAGUGUCGAUAGUCGUUCAGGGCAUACGGCAAUUUUGACAGAAGAUGGAUCCAAAGUCAUUGUUUUGGGCGGAUGGGUUGGUAACGUUAACCAAGCUGCCGAUCCACAAUUUGCUAUAUUGGAACUUGGGACGGGCUAUGGAGGAACUGGUAGAUGGAAAUGGUCGGUACCUGCGGAUCAGCCAUUCGGAGAUGGUAUCUAUGGGCACGGUGCAACAAUGCUUCCUGGAAACGUUAUGAUGGUACUAGGUGGAUUUAAUAUAACAGCCGCCAAAAAUAUGAAGAGAGCUGUUGAUACAACUGUUCAACCCGUGUUUUUCAAUGCUACGAGUUCCACUUGGAUUUCGAACUACACCAAUCCAGCAUAUAUCGCGGCUAGCGCGCGAAGCAGUUCUUCUUCGUCCUCGGGUUCCUCGAAAGUCGCCCUGGGCGUAGGACUCGGAUUGGGUAUCGCUGCAUUCAUCGCUAUCGUUGCAGGACUUAUUUGGUGUUUGAUUCGCUGCAGGAGGAGGCGUAGAGAUUCGAGAUAUGAGAGGAGGGAAAAAGACCUCCGGUCUCUUGGCUACAACGCAGCCACUGCAUAUCCAGGCACACAAGAAAUGUAUCAAAAUCAUUAUUAUGACUCGGGAAACGCCGCGGGAGGAUAUGAGAGCCUUUAUGCUGGCGAAUACGGCGCGGGAGAUAUUGGCUCUCCCACGCUUCAACCUCGGCAAAUACCGAGGAAAGCUGUACGAAACAAUCGAGGUCUUUACCAGCCUGCUUCGACCUUCGACCCUGGUUCAGUGGCUGGGAAUGCUAGAUCGGCCAAUAUUGGAGCAGCUGGACCUAUACAUCCAAUAUACGAAGCAGACGAGGAUGCUGAUAUAAUUUCCCCUAUUGAAAUUGGUAUUGCUCUUCCAUUCGAAGAAAGUGACGCUUACUUUGGUGCGAAGCGACCAUCGGAUCCAUUUAAAGAUCCAGUCACUCAAAAUUAUUCGGUACCUGUACAAUCAAACAGUCAAAAUGUCACCAUGCCUGUCUCAGAAUCCCCAGCGCAAGAACGAGAACGUGAGAUCGAAGCAUGGGUUGCAGACUGGGCGGCUGCAGAUGCCCUCCUUCACGCUCAAGCCAGAUCUCAUUCAACUGUUGGGAGAAAUUCUCCUUCUCGACGAGCAAACUUAAUUACAGCGACUGGUCCAGCCUCUGUUUCAGGAGAACUUUCUGAAGAUAACGCUCGAACAGCCAGUAACCUUAGCGAGCAAAGUAUGGCCCCUACCGCUGCUACUUUAAGUCGGUCAGGAUCCAGUUCCCUGGGAACAAGAUCAAAUUCACUUCGAGGCUAUUUAACAUACGCAAUGAACACCAUAAGUUUAGGAAAUGCUACUCUGGGUCCGAUGCCCGACAGCCCUGUCGCACAAAAUGCUCAGAUUUGUCCUCCGGGGAGUUCCGGCAGCGAAAAUACCGGUUCAACUUACACCACCGCCCAUACGCACUCUAGCUUUCCUACCCUUCAGGCAGAAGCAGCAACAUUACUCCCUCGUCCAGAGCAAUUCAUCGACCGGGGACUUCCGUCUCCUACUGAAUCUUCUUCCAAAUCAAUACCGCACACACCCACUAGGACAGCACAUGAUUAUCUCGGCAGUCCAUCAAAGAACAAGCAUAUAGGUCUUGGUAGACGUGGAUGGCUGGGAAGUCUGCGUAAAGCUUUCAGACCUGAAGGUGAUGCCGCGGCGGAAUCUAAUCUUGCAGAUCAAGAGCCACUUCCUCUUCCAAUUGGUGUCGAUAACUCGCCAAGAAGAACGGUGAGCGCUGGUGCGGCUUUAUGGAGGAGGAAACAGGGUAGAGGGGACUGGGAGGAUAGUGAGAAGAUCGGUACCAAGCGUGGAAGAUCUAGUUCAUUUGUUAAUGGCGGGGGUCGGUCCAAUGUACAAAUUGGAAGGACUGGUGAAGCUCGCGGGCUUGUAAAUGGGAUUGCUGAAGAUGAUGACGAAUGGGAUAUUGAAAGAGCAAUCGAGGAUCGGGUAGUGCAGGUUAUGUUUACAGUACCUAAAGAGAAAUUGCGCGUCGUCAAUCAUGAUGUUCGUGAAGAUUUGAGCGAAGGAGGGAGCAUGAGAGGAAGAAAUAUGGGAGCGAGCGGAAGCGGAACUCUAAGUCGAACUCCUAGUGAUAUCUUGAGUAUAGAAGAGGGCAAUAAAUUAGCUAAAACGGAAAGCGCCGAAAGCGGUAGGAGCAAGGGACGGGUGAAAGGCAAAGGAAAAGUGUCGGAGUUGGUGGAACUGCUCGAGGGUCGUAGUAGUCCUGAGCGUCAGUGA